GACGAGCCCGUGUGGCUGUGGGCGCUUGUGUUUCCCUCGCUCGCCUUUUUAUAGCGUAACUGUGGGACUAGUGGCUGGUCUUUAAUCAGAGACUGGAGAGGCGGGCCGAGGUGCUGACUGUAAUGCGAUAGCUGCGCCCGUCCUUAAUGCUAUUACAUCCACAUGCUGCUGCCGCGCAAGACUCAGCGCUCAAACGCAGAGACGCGCAGUGCCAAAGAGACAGCGCGUGGAGUAUCUCUAUCACAAGACUUCAGUUACGGACUGGCUGCACGGAGGACCUCAUCAGAGCUGCACUUUCCUGACAGUUUUCCGCCGUGGCCAGUGUUUCCCAUGCGAGAUAGAGCUUUUGGUGGUGGAUUCUGUGGGGACGAGACCGGCAAAAAGCUUCAUGUCAGUUGGAUUUGAAGGCGAGAGAAAGCGCCGCUCACCUCACUCACUCACGCGCUGCUGUAGCUCGAGGAAAUCAAGCCAAAAUAUGUUUUUGGUCUGAACUCUGGGUUUUAAAGAGAAAGUUGUUUAGUUUUAAAGUCAGACGCUUUUCGUUGUUGCUGCUUUUGUUUAGGAUAUAACUGGAAAUGUUAAACGGCCAAGUCUGGGUUGAAUUUACGCAUCCAGCAUUUUGAAAGAUAUCGAGAAAGCAGGCGGCAGAAAUUGUUAUCAGACACAAGACACAAGUGGAUACAUCAUCAGUGGACAAGAACAUUUUCAAAGAACAUCACAAGAACUUGAGCUUUUCCUCUACACGCACUGGUGAACGUUCACCCAGAAAAGAUGGAUUUAUUCACAAAGCUCUGUGGAUCUUUACUUGUUUUGUGUGCGGCAUUAGUUUAUGGAGAGGAGGAGCCAUGUGGUGGGCAUUUGGACGCCAGUGACGCAGGCUACAUCACAACACCUGGGUACCCGCUGGAGUAUCCGCCCCACCAGAACUGCCGAUGGGUGAUCACGGCACCCGAACCGUCCCAGCGCAUCGUCCUAAACUUCAACCCACACUUUGAGCUUGAGAAACUGGACUGCAGGUAUGACUUCAUUGAGAUCCGCGAUGGGAACUCAGACAGCGCGGAUCUGUUGGGGAGACACUGCAGCAACAUCGCACCCCCUGCGAUCAUCUCCUCAGGCCCCGUUCUGCACAUCAAAUUCGUCUCAGACUACGCCCACCAGGGGGCAGGGUUUUCGCUGCGCUAUGAAAUCUAUAAGACAGGCUCCGACUGUUCCCGAAACUUCACCAGUCCGUCAGGUGUGAUCGAGUCGCCCGGCUUCCCUGACAAAUACCCCCACAAUCUAGAGUGCACCUUCAUCAUCAUCGUCCCUCCUCACAUGGACGUCACCCUCACCUUCCUGACCUUCGACCUGGAGAACGACCCCUUGCAGGGCUCGGAGGGCGAGUGCAAGUACGACUGGCUGGAGGUGUGGGACGGCCUUCCGCAGGUGGGACCUCUGAUUGGACGACAUUGCGGUACCAAAAUCCCCUCUGAAAUACAGUCGUCCACUGGUAUCCUCUCUCUGUCCUUUCAUACGGACAUGGCCGUGGCCAAAGAUGGAUUCUCUGCCCGCUACAACAUGACCCUCAAGGAGGUCAAUGACAAUUUCCAUUGCAGUAAUGAUCUUGGCAUGGAGACGGGCAAGAUCAGCGAUGACCAGAUCUCUGCAUCGUCCAGCUUCUAUGAUGGCCGAUGGUCUCCAAGACAGGCUCGACUUAACUUCGAAGACAACGCAUGGACGCCCAAUGAGGACAGCAACAAAGAAUACAUCCAGGUGGACCUACACUUUCUGAAGGUCCUGACGGGCAUCGCCACCCAGGGUGCCGUCUCCAAAGAGACACACAAGACCUACUUCGUCACCAGCUUUAAGCUGGAGGUCAGCACUAAUGGAGAGGACUGGAUGAUCUACCGCUACGGCAAGAAUCACAAGGUUUUCCAUGCAAACGCAGACCCCUCAGAGGUGGUCCUGAACCGGAUCCCUCAGCCAGUCUUAGCUCGGUUUGUCCGCAUCCGACCUCAGGCAUGGAAGAAUGGAAUCGCUUUACGCUUCGAACUUUACGGCUGUCAAAUCACGGACGCUCCAUGCUCCGAGAUGCAGGGAAUGCUCUCCGGCCUCCUGCCAGACUCUCAAAUCUCAGCCUCCUCCAUGAGGGACAUCCACGGGGCCACAGGUGCCGCCCGGCUGGUGGCCAGCCGCUCAGGAUGGUUCCCCAGUCCCGCGCAGCCCGUGGCCGGUGAAGAAUGGCUGCAGGUGGACCUGGGAGUCCCCAAAACCGUACGGGGUAUCAUCACGCAAGGGGCCCGCGGGGUGGACGGCAGUACCAGUGCCGAGAACCGGGCCUUUGUGCGGAAGUAUAAACUGUCCCACAGCUUGAAUGGAAAAGACUGGAGCUACAUCAUCGACUCCAAGACCAAUUUCCCAAAGAUUUUUGAGGGCAACACACACUACGACACCCCAGAGAUCCGUCGCUUCGAGGAGAUUGUGGCCCAGUUUAUCAGGGUGUAUCCUGAGAGGUGGUCGCCCGCCGGCAUCGGAAUGAGACUGGAGAUACUGGGUUGUGACUUGCCAGAAUCUACCACCAUUCCUGACACAGUUACGCCUACCCUUCCCCCUCAGGAUGUGACAAGUACCGCCCACAGGACACCAGCUCCCACCACUCUGUCAUCUCUGGGUGGUCUGUGUGACUUUGAGCAGAGUAUGUGUGGAUGGACCCACGACCCCAUGUCUGAUCUGAAGUGGUCUCUGUAUAGUUCCUCUAGCCCUAGUCUGGACCUGACACUGGGAUCUGACAAUUUUGGGAAUUUCCUGUACGUCGAGGUGAGUCCUAAGUCAGAGCCACAGCGUGCACGGUUAAUGAGUCCAUCGGUGGGACCCGAGCGCCGCCCCGUCUGUCUGCUCUUCUACUACCAGCUUCAGGGUGAAGGUCAGGACAGUCUGCGUGUGUUGCUCCGGGACGAUGACCAGGAGGAGACGCUGCUCUGGGCACUGAAAGGAGACCAGGGGCCCAUGUGGAGGGAAGGCCGCACCAUCCUGCCUCAGUCCCCCAAAGAAUAUCAGGUUGUCAUCGAGGGCUUCUUUGAGCGAGGCAGUCGAGGGCACAUCUGGGUUGACAACAUCCAUAUGAGCUCCAGCAUCGAGCUUGAGCAGUGUACACAACCCUUCGCUGCAUUCCCCCCUGAAAUGACUGGGGGAGCCUCACCUGGCUGGAGCGACCCCACUGUGGACACGACAGUGUCCCUGCAGCCCAUGCCCACCUACUGGUAUUAUGUAAUAGCCGGAGGUGGCGCCAUUUUCCUCCUGGGCUGCGUCACGUUGGUCAUGGUGCUGUGUUGCCAUCGCUACCACCUGGCGGCCAAGAAGAGCCAGCACUCUGUGUCCUACCAGAGCACGUACACUGGACAGUACGCUGGCAGUGGCCCCGGGGGUCUCGCCAGACCUGGGGUGGAGCCGAUGCUAACGAUUAGGUUAGAGAACCAAGAGCCCUGCUCACAGUGCUGAGACGACACCGACGAAUCUCUUCAUCCCACUAUUUCACAGGGACACCUGCAUGGUGCCCCCUUAAAGUCGAGGAUGAGGCGAAGAAGAUGUGGACAGAUAUAAGCACCUGAGUUGUCGACUUUUUUGUGGAGCUCUAGUGCUGGAAAGGAGGAGAUCUGCUGUGCCGAAGGGACAUCCAGCCAAAAUCCUGACUGGCAGAGACCCCCUUUCCCCCUUCGCUCUUUAGCUGUGUGUGUGGAUGGGAACCUUACUAUGAAAGCUCUAAUCUCCUGUUCAUGACCAAUCCUAUUGUACAGUCAAAAGAACUCGGCAGCAUUGCCAAAAUCAGAGGAGAGCCUGCGAACAGCGACGGGAGUGAGGCGUCAAAACAGGAACAAAAAGGAAAACCGGCAAACGUUUCCUUGCAUGUGUGCCGCAUCUCAUGUGCUCAUAGGAACACUUGAGGCUCGAGGAGUUUGACAAGAAGCUUCAAAGAAACAAAAGCAUGAAUGUCAAACACUCUGGGACAAAUGUUCUAGCUGGAGAAUCAGGAUAUGUGUGGAAGGCUUAGGUACCACGUAAUGGACUGAAUUUUGAAACUCCUGGUACCUUCUUUGACUAUUGAAUGAAGCUUCUUAAAAGCAUUUUGAAGAAUGUUUGUUCUUUUUCAGAGAGUUCAUUUUGAGUAUCUGUCAAUAUGUGUCUAUAUAUAAACUCUUCUUUUCUGAAAGUCACUGGGGCUUUGGCACUUACAGUACGUCUGAAGAGAUACAGUAUGUUUUCCGCCUAUAUGCAAAGGUCACAUGACCCCGCCUUAGCCAGCCUACUCCUCUGAUUGGCUGACUGACUGAUACAACAUUGGCCUUAAGACGCUUCAGUGGCAUUGAGCUAGUUCAAGCCGAUCAUUGUUCUCAUUUAUUAUUUAAUCCUUUCGUAUUCAUGCUCAGCCGAGAUCAACCUAAGUGUAUAUGCAGCUAACUGAUGCACUGACUUUAUUUUUGUAGCUAACGCUAAAAGCAGUAUGUGUAUUUGUGUGCUGUUCCCCCAGAGAUUUUAAUUACACAUAGUCUUGUAAAAGAACAGAAGCGGAGAGCUUUGUAAAUCUGCCAAAUGUUAGACAGUGCAGGAGUGCUUCGCUAGCUGAUUUUGCUUCAGGGAGCGAGUUGGCACGUUAGCAUGUUAGCUGAAGCCCAUCUCCAAGUCCACCUUUUAUAGUGUCACUGAAUACACCUGCUGAUGU